AUGGUCAAACCUACUUUUGCAAAACGCCAUCACGACGACGACGAUGACGAACUGACAAGCAUACAUGGAGAUGAAGAGUCUAUGGAAGAUGGUCCAAUAGACGAAGGGCAAGAGAAUGCUACGGAGGACUAUGGCUCUGACGGCGACAAUGACGAGCUUGACUCGACAUCAGAAACCCAAAACAUUGAUGAUGAACGAGAGAAACAACUUCAAGAUGAGCUGGCAAACAUUCCAUUCCACCAACUGCUUGCAACGCAGAAAAAGCUGUCAGCGUCACAAAAGGUCGAAAGGAGCUCUGAAGGUACUGCUAAUAGCCGGAGCAGUACUAGUAAAGGCAAGAGCCAACAUUAUAAUAGUGACGAAGAUGAGAAUGUGCCCUCAUGGCAUCGACCUGAAGGAAUUGAAACUAGUCGACCAUCGUUACCCAAACGAGCCAACAAGAACCAGCCUACGGAGGUCACGUCAAAGAGAGCAGUCCCAAGGCAUCGACAGGUUGUGGAUGUCAUUCAGAAAAAAGCACGAGAUCCUCGAUUUGAAUCUCUAUCAGGUGAAUUCAGAUCUGACCUCUUUGAACAAAAGUACUCGUUCAUACGGGAAUAUGAAGCAUCGGAGGUCAAUCUGAUAAAGCAGCAAGCUGCUCAGGAACGAGAUCCUGCCGAAAGGGAUCGAUUAGAGAAACUAGUCCAGAGAAUGAUAUCUUUGGAGGAAGCACGCCAGAUUAAGGAUCGCAGAAAGAAGAUUGAGCGAGAUUGGAAGAAGGCUGAAAAGGAGGCAGUGCUAAAGACUGGCAAGAAUCCAUACUUUUUGAAAAAGUCUGAUAUGAAAAAGUUGGAAUUGGUUGAAAAAUUCGAAUCGUUGAAACCAGGCGAACGUGAACGAGCACUAGAACGUCGUCGCAAGAAGAACGCUUCAAAGGAGCAUCGAUCAGUCCCAUACGCAAGACGUCCUGAAUGA